AGCUUCGGCCCAAGCUCUUCUCUUCCCGUGCCAUGGAGAAAGUUGCAGAGGAGGCGAUCGGAGCCAGUCGCGUGCCCGAGCUCCACGGUGGUCCGGAGGGACAAUACCUGCGCGAGUCCACCGGACGCUGGAGAUCGCUGUCACAGGAACCAGCUUCCCAGGUACAGCGCCCCGUGCCGCCGCUUGGAGAGCACGGUGCCGUGACGCUCGCCUCGAGCGUCGCGGUGGAUCCAGAGAUGAUGGCGAAGCAGAAGGCGGCGCGGCAGGUGCGGCAAGACACGAGCAAGCUCUGGGAAGCCGCGCGUCGCCGAUUGGAUUCCAAGACCUUCGAAGAUUUAAAGCGACAGGAUGACCUGGAACGUGCCGAAGCUGAGGUGGCCUUCGAAAAGGCUCGGCAGCAGGGCGUCUGGCAGCUGCUGCGUGGCGCGGCUGGCGCUGAUCGACAGCUGCUGGCGGAGAUUGCGCGGCUGGCAUCGGGGGGAGAAGGCCGCUGUCUCUCUGUGGAGAAGGCGCGGCAACUCUUUGACGGAAGCUCCGCCGCCAGCGCCGUCAGCGCCGGGACUGCCGCGACGCCGGCACGGCGGCGGAGCUUCAGCCGUGGCGAGGAGAAGAAGCAGAGCCGAAAACCCCCACGUCCAACGGCACCAGCGGCGCCAGCGGCGCCAGCGCCGGCGCCGCGGAUUCACAACGAGAGCAGCGCAGCUCUCGGUGGAGCUUAGCACGGGAGAUUGCCUUGGUCCAAACUUUGCCGCGUUAUUUCUUUAAAUGGAACCCCUGGCAUUUCCAGGAUCUGUUUUUUUGUUUGUUUUCAUUUGCUUCGAAGUUUCUCAAAAGAAAUGCUCAACUUGGAU